GAGCAACAAAUGGGCCAAGAAACAUUGGUACUCAGUUUUGUGAUAGAAUUUCACAAUCGAGUGGUGAUUUGAAAAGCCGAUUUUAAAUCACCAUUCACUUCAGUGCCUGUUCAUCUACAAGUUAGUGUUUUCGAAAAUAAACAGCGAAAUUUCGACCCGGUUGGCGACAAGCGGAGGUCCAUUAAUUUGAUCAUCUUUCCAGCGGCGGCAGCAGAUAGACUAUAGACGAGACAACCAUGCAGUGCUUCCGUUCGAGCAAUAAGGGCUCGCGAUCCAACAUUUACUCUGAGCCGGUGGCAGUCACGGGUUCAACGGACGAAGUGACUUUCACCAUCAAUGGAAAAACGUACAAAGUUGAUGCGACCCUGCCGCAAGACACGUCUUUGAACACUUUCAUCCGCGAUGUGGCCAAUUUGAAAGGCACCAAGUACAUGUGCCAGGAGGGCGGGUGUGGCGCGUGCAUCGUCUCGGCCACCAUCGAGCACCCCAUCUCCAAGCAGCGGGAGACCAAGGCCGUCAAUUCGUGCCUGGUGAGGGUGUUUUCGUGCCAUGGGUGGGAGGUGCGGACGGUGGAGGGCAUCGGCGACCGGCAGAAGGGCUACCACAAGACGCAGGCCCAGCUGGCCAAGUUCAACGGCACCCAGUGCGGCUUCUGCUCGCCCGGCAUGGUCAUGAACAUGUACAGUCUGCUGGAGGGCGGCAAGGCGCCGACGAUGGCCGACGUGGAAAACGCAUUCGGCGGCAACAUUUGCCGCUGCACCGGCUACAGACCCAUUCUGGACGCCUUCAAGGCCCUCGCGUCCAAUGCCACCCCACAACUCAAGGCCGCCUGCGCCGACAUCGAGGACAUUUACAAAAUCUGCCCAAAAACCAACGAGCAGUGCUCUGGAACGUGCAGAGACGUUCCCAAAUCGGUCGCCCUGCGUUCAGAUGGGGUCACCUGGCGCACGGUGACGUCCAUUGCUGAACUGCGAGAGGCUCUUACCAAUGUUGGGGAGGUGCCUUACAAACUUGUUGCUGGAAACACUGCUGAGGGUGUUUAUCGCAGUGAGGGCAUUAUGGCCUACAUUGACUUGAACGGUGUCCCUGAACUGAGGGCCAUUGACAAGAAGGCGGACAAAAUCACUCUCGGGGCAAACGUCAACCUGACCGAAGCAAUGCAGUUCUUCAACAGCGUUACUGACAAAGGCUUCACUUACCUCAAACAGCUCGGAACCCACAUUGACUGGAUUGCCAACGUCCCCGUCAGAAAUGUUGGAACAUUGGCUGGAAACUUGUCGAUCAAGCACUCUCAUCAUGAGUUUCCCUCUGACAUUUUCACCUCUUUUGAGGCAGCAGGCGCCAAACUGAACAUAAUGGACGCUUCAGGGGACGUGAAAAAAGUGACGCUUGUGGACUACCUGGUGCUGGACAUGACCAAGAAAUUCAUUCACAGCAUAGAGUUUUCUCCAAAAGGUGAAAACACGAGGUUCCGCACGUUCAAAAUCACGCCGCGCGCCCAAAAUGCGCACGCCUAUGUGAACGCAGGAUUCUGCUUUGAGUUCGAAAACACGAGUUCGUGGAAGGUGGUUGGUCAACCCAGGAUCGUCAUUGGAGGCAUCAAUCCUGAGUUUACACACGCAACAAACAUUGAGACCUUCCUGACCGGCAAGAGUUUAACCGAAAACUCUACAAUCGCAGCCGCGCUUGCCGAACUGGGCCGCCAACUUUUGCCCGACAGAGUUCUGCCGGACGCAAGUGUGGAGUAUCGGAAAAAUUUGGCGCAGGCCCUGUUUUACAAGUUUGUGCUCGGCCUCGACUCUAGCAAGGUGAGUGCUGCUCACAAGUCUGGAGGAGACAACCUGGUGCGUCCUCUGUCCAGCGGCAAGCAGGACUUUGAUACCGAUAAAAGUCUGUAUCCCUUGAACGAAGCGGUGCCGAAAAUCGAGGCUAUAGCCCAGUGCUCGGGAGAGGCUGAAUACGUCAAUGACAUCCCGACCAUUCCUGGGGAGCUCCACGCCGCCUUUGUCCUCACCACCAUUUCCACAGGCACCAUUUCGAACAUCGACGCCACAGAGGCCCUGGCGCUGCCUGGCGUAACAACCUUCCUGAAACACACGGACUUGGAAAAGUACAACACUUUCACGCCAAAGGAUUUCGGCUACGUUGAAGAAGAAGAGAUUCUUUGCAGCGGCACCAUUAAGUACGCAGGCCAAGCUGUGGGUCUGGUUGUCGCGGAAACCAGGGACAUCGCCCUGAAGGCUGCUGACCUUGUCAAGGUCGAAUAUAAAACUUCGGCCACUCUGAAACCUGUGCUGGACAUUGCCGAAGUUCUGCACCACGCAGGCAACAGAAUCCACGCAGAAAAGACGGACGCCCCUGCUGCAACAACUAACGGUAAAGGUGAAGCAGAGGUGCAGGCGGCAAAGGUGGUCAAGGGCGAGUUUGAGAUUCCGAAGCAGUACCACCUGACAAUGGAGAACCAGUCUUGCCUGGUGGUGCCCAAAGAGGAUGACAGUUUUGACGUGUUCUCCACCACCCAGUGGAUUGAUCUGGGCCAGGCUGUGGUCGCCAGGUGUCUCGGAAUCAAAGCCAGCAAGGUCAACAUGUCUGUGCGGCGUCUCGGAGGUGGAUACGGUGCAAAAAUCACUAGACCGUCGCAGUUGGCAGGGGCUUGUGCUGUGGCCUCCCAAAAAUUGAAUAAGGCUAUUAGGAUGGUCAUGCCGCUGACAGCCAACAUGGAGUUGGCCGGAAAGCGAUUUGGCAUCCGUAAUGAAUAUGAGGUUGGUGUGGACACAAAUGGCAAGAUUGAGUACCUGAAGGCCAAGUUUUUCCAAGACUCUGGCUGCAACCUGAACGACAGCCCUUUGAGGUCGACCAUCCAGCACUUCAACAACUGCUACAACGCCUCCAAGUUCCAGGUCGAGAGCCAGCAAAUCAGGACGGACACAGCGUCCAACACUUGGUGCCGCGCCCCAGGCACCACUGAGGGUGUUGCUCUCAUCGAGGAAAUCAUGGAGCACAUUGCAACGGACCUAAAGAAGGACCCACUUGAGGUCAGACUUGCCAACAUGCACACCGACGACAACCCCAUUCCUCAAAUGGUCGAGGACCUCAAGAAAAUUGCAGACUACGACAACAGGAAGGCCGCGGUCAAGCAAUUCAAUGAGGCCAAUAGGUGGAAGAAGAGAGGCCUGGCCCUGGUUCCGAUGCAAUACCCAUUUGACUUCUGGGGAAACCACCCUGCUAUCGUCUCCGUCUACCAAAUCGACGGCUCUGUUGCUAUUUCGCACGGCGGCAUCGAAAUGGGCCAAGGAAUGAACACAAAGGUGGCUCAAGUUGCUGCGCACAUUUUGGGAGUGCCUUUGGAUAUGAUUUCGGUCAAGCCGAGCAACAACCUGAGCAGCGCGAACGCCAUCGUCACUGGAGGCAGCUUGGGCAGUGAAGCUAUCAGCUAUGCCACCAUGCAGUGUUGCAAGGAAAUCUUGAAGCGGCUGGAACCAGUGAAGGAGAAAAUGCCCACGGCAAGUUGGCCCGAAUUGAUUAAAGCGGCUCAUCACAAGCAAGUGGACCUUGUUGCAACCUACAUGUUUACCACAAAGGACGAUGUGAAGGCGUACAACAUUUGGGGCGUCACAAUUGCCGAAGUCGAAGUUGAUAUUUUGACGGGAGAAAAGCAGGUUCUACGCAUUGACCUGCUGGAGGACGCAGGCCAGAGUUUGAGUCCGAUGGUGGACGUCGGACAAAUGGAGGGCGCCUUUGUCAUGGGCAUGGGCUACUGGCUCACCGAGGAGCUCAUUCAUGAGCCGCAAACCGGGCGCCUUUUGAACACCAGAACUUGGAAUUACAAAGUGCCUGGAGCAAAAGACAUUCCAGCCGACUUCAGGGUCCACUUCAGAAAAAAUUCCAAAAAUCCCACCGGCGUUUUGCAGUCAAAAGCCACUGGAGAGCCGCCUCUCAACAUGAGCAUUGUGGUGCUUUUUGCUGUGACUGCGGCGCUUAACUCUGCUCGGCAGGAUUCUGGCGCCCCUCAAGGAUACCACCAGCUGAAACCACCUGCAACUGCUGAACAUAUUUUCCUAUCUGGUUUGGCUGACCCCAAGGAUUUCAAGCUGUAAAAUUUAUUGAGAUUUUUGGCUAUUUCGGGGCCACUUUUUAUACUCAUCCAUAUUAAUGAAAAAGUAUUAAUUAUUGUUUGCGUUAUAUUAAAUUUCCAAGAGUUUUAUUAAUUUUGAAAGUAAAAAUAAAAAGGUUUUUCUACUUAACAACA